UAACCAGUAAGACCUACCAAAGGCUGACUUACAGUUAUUGUAAUUAUAUUAUUAUACAACAAACUGUUAACGAAUGUGUUAGUAAACAACCAUUGACCACUAGUAUAUUGGUGGGAGGCUUACGGACAAAACAACAUUUUGAAACGUUGGCUAAAAACGCUACACAGCCAUUUAGUCAACAACGAGCCGUAUACCCACGACCACUUGGAUCUGAUGAACAAGCCAAGCCGUUAAUACCGUGGUUUACCGAAACGCAUUCACGCCGAAUAGCAAGUAUCGGUGAAACACCUGAGCUGGACGCGAAUCACGCAUCAACCGCGGGUAGCAGUGAAACUGGCUCUCACAUUAUCCGAAUCGGAUCGAACCCAGGCGAUUGGGAUCCAUAGUACAGCGACAGUGACCUUGAUUGGGAUUAUAACGACAGUAUCACUUAUAACGUUAGGCCUGAUAGUGAAGUGGUUACUCCGUCGCCUGUAUCUAUGGCCUCUGUAUCUAGUACGAAUAAUGCUGAGCCAUCCACCUCCGGUUCAGCAGCAAAGAAACGAAAGACGGAAUUACCCGGUACAUCUAAUGAAAACGCUAAUGAUGCAGAUACUGGGUAUCCUAGUACUGAAAAUGCUAUCGUUCAUCGGCCGCUCAAUCAUACAACCGGAAACCGAUUCGUAUUUGCAAAACAUCAUACACUCGUCAGUUACGGUGUUGCGAACAUACAGUUACAAUUGGAUCAAGAAUCUUAUUCACGAGUUGGAUCAACUUCUUUAAUGUACUUACCUGUGGAUCGUCCUUGGUUUUAUUUAUCACCAAGCGAAUAUUUAAACAUAUUAGCAAAAAUACGUGGAGUUCGUGUAACCGAGGUAAAAGUACGUGUUACUAUGCGUAAUCCUCGUACUGCUUUUGAAACAAACAGUUCUACCUCGCAGUUGGCAACAUUAAAUCAAAAUAAAUUUGCUUUGGUUGGUAAAGGAUUGACUAACAUCACGCGCGGUAUAAAUUGUCAUUUGGAAUUUAAUGCAAGUAACGUUAUGAAACCUAAAACGGCAUCAAGUAUUUCGUAUGCCCAUCAAAUGGCUAUUGUAGCCGCUAUGUACGGUACGAAAUCCGACGACAUAACAUCAGUGAAUUGGGAUGAUGGUUCAACUCUACCCAGUAGUUUUAUGGACUUACCUAUGAUGAUGCCAUUAUAUUUUUGUCAUUAUGCAAACAAGGAACGUAAUUCAGGUAAUUUGGGUUGGCAAAAUAUUCAACGUCAUAUACACAAAGUUGAUGCUAGUUCGUUAAUUGGAAAAACAAUAGUUGAAUAUUCGUAUUCACCUAAACACGGAUUAUUGACUUGUCCAUGGACGUCAGUGUGGGGAGGUCGUCAUAAAGGAAAUUAUCGUCAUUCCGAUAAAGCCAAACUAAGUUUAUAUGAAAUGGAUCAGCGUAAAAUAGCAAACGAUUACAUGAUGGAUAUUGAUACUGGUGUUAAAACCGAUAUUGAACUCGACGUUGAAGCCGUUACUGAAAGUACUUGGAAACGGUAUUAUUCAAACGAUAAGGAAAGGUAUUUUUCUGUAAUCGAAGUUGGUCAAUAUAUUCAAAAAGGUAUUGGUAAUUUUGGACCUUGCACUUUACAACCUUCAGUUCACAUUGGUAUAUCACCUGUUCCACAAUUAACAACUGUUAACACUGCGUUAGUACCUGAUCACUAUACUGAUGUCGAAUGUACUUGGGACGUGGACGUUGAAAUGCAUGUCGAUUACGGAAUCCCAUAUCAUUAUACACAUUUUCAAACGCCACACGUCGAAUUGGAAGAUACAUAUAUGUGUAUGGAAAAUGAGAAUACAGGCAUUACCGGAUUAGAAUCAAUGAGUUCGUUCCAAAACAAACAUUUGGGUUUGAAACACGAUUCGUCGAAAGCAACAACUAGCAACACUACACAAGAAACUGUUGCUAACAGUAACUUAUAGCGAUCACAGCAACUUGUAACUAAACGUAAUAGUAAUAAUGGUAAAGGUUUAAAAAAAUUAAUAAAAUUUUUAACUCCAUUUGUUAAUGAUUAAAUAAUAUAAUAUAUAUUUUGAUUAUAGUAUUACAUAAAUGUGUUUGCUUAUUACUAGGGCCAACAAUUAUAUGCCCUAAAAAUCUAUAAAAUAUGUAUGCAGUUUUGCCCUAAAAAUUACCAAAAUAUGCCCUUAAA